UUAGCUUGUAGAGUGAAAAUAUCAGAUGUUUUAAAAUAGUCAACAAAAUUUCGCAACAUGUCGAUCGGAUUUUGGUCACCAAAAUCUGAUAUAUUAAUUUAAAAUUACUAAAUGUUGAUUCGUACUUCAUUUGUGCUUUUUAAUCGGACCAUCAAAUUUGUAAAUUAUUCAUCAUCAUGCUCAUGCCGUCGAUUGUCAUUGUUAUCGAAUGCAAGAACACAUCUGGUGUCACAUCAAUUUUAUAGAUUUUUGUCAUCAUCUGGCCAAGAAAAUCAGUCUAGUCCAAUCAAUCAUCCGCAAGAAUCAAAAACGAAUAACGUAAUUGUAACGGACCGAUGUUUGAAACGUAUCGAAGAGGUACUCGAUUCGAAUGAAUUACUUCGUGUGGGUGUUCGUGGUGGUGGUUGUUCUGGAUUUGAAUAUGAAUUUUCUAUAGAUAAUAAAAUCAAUUACAAUCACGAAGAAGAUGUACUAUUUGUCAAACGUGUUGUUAUCGAUCGUGAAUCCCUUGACUAUCUCUUUGGUUCGAAAAUAGAUUAUGAAGAUGAACUUAUUCGUAGUGGAUUCUGUGUCGUGGAUAAUCCAUUGGCGGAUAAAAGCUGUUCAUGUGGUGUAUCAUUUUCAUUGAAAAUGGAUGAUAUAUUAGACGAUCUAAGAAAAAAGUCAUAAUAUAUUCAUUUGUGAACAACAUGAUGAUAAUGAUUUUAUUUUAUACACAUAAAUUGUGAAAUACAAAGAAUUACAAAUGAUCGGUGAUGCCCAUGAUUUUUGCCACUCCA